AUGAGUCGCUCUUCUUCUCGUGCACUGAUUCUGCAUCCCCUUCACGCCCCUCUGAGUAGCGCGCAAUCCUCACCUGAAGAUCAUGCUAUAGCCAAGUGGCUGUGCGCUCUUUUGUCCGCUUCGUUUACCUCGAAAGAGCGGCGGAGUCUCGUGGACUUUACGUGUGACGAGACGGUUCACGCGAUCUUGAGCUUCCUAGAUGGACCAUCGCUCUGCGCGGCACGAAGCGUGUGCCACUCGUGGUACCGCUUGGGCAGUGACGACCAGCUGUGGCUCAACUUGUGCCUCCACGAGUUCCAUGUGUCGACCUCGCAGCUCGUGACGCAACCCGAGAGCCAUCAGAAGCUCUACCAGUUUGCCUGUCGCUCGCUGAAAGGGCUGCUGCGCGACUACUUGCACGAGCAAUGCCUCACCAAUCUGCAGCAGUCACUGCGCAUUCCAAGAGCAGCUGCGUUGACGCUGAUUGCGUCGCGCUCGUCUCUGUGA